CCCAGGCUCGCGCCUCGCGCGUCCCCGCCUCGCGCGCUCCCACCCCAGCCCGCGCGCGCGCGUGCACCCGUACACACGCUAGCUCUCCGGGCAUGCGCAGUGGGCGGCGCCGCUCCGGGCCGCCUCUUGCUGCCGCCGCGAGUAGGAAGCGCGAGCGCCGGGCGCCGGGCUGUCAGUGAGCGUGGGGCCAGCCAGCGGGCGAGAGAGCCGGAGAGAGCCAGAGAGAGCGGCUCCGCUCCCAGCUCCGAGCAGCGCAGCGCCGGCCCGGCUCUCCCCGGCCACCGCCGCCGCCACCGCACCUCUGCACCGCCACCUCGGCCGCCGCCCCCGCCCACCCCGGCCCUCCCCGGCUGCUGCUCCCCGGCGGAGGCAAGAGGUGGUUGGGGGGGACCAUGGCUGACGUUUACCCGGCCAACGACUCCACGGCGUCUCAGGACGUGGCCAACCGCUUCGCCCGCAAAGGGGCGCUGAGGCAGAAGAACGUGCACGAGGUGAAGGACCACAAAUUCAUCGCCCGCUUCUUCAAGCAACCCACCUUCUGCAGCCACUGCACCGACUUCAUCUGGGGGUUUGGGAAACAAGGCUUCCAGUGCCAAGUUUGCUGUUUUGUGGUCCAUAAGAGGUGCCAUGAAUUUGUUACAUUCUCCUGUCCGGGUGCAGAUAAGGGACCCGACACUGAUGACCCCAGGAGCAAGCACAAGUUCAAAAUCCACACUUACGGAAGUCCUACCUUCUGUGACCACUGUGGCUCCCUGUUAUAUGGACUCAUCCACCAGGGGAUGAAAUGUGACACCUGCGACAUGAAUGUUCACAAGCAAUGUGUGAUCAACGUUCCCAGCCUCUGCGGAAUGGAUCACACAGAGAAGAGGGGGCGUAUUUAUCUGAAGGCCGAGGUCACUGAUGAAAAGCUCCAUGUCACAGUACGAGAUGCAAAAAAUCUAAUCCCUAUGGAUCCAAACGGGCUUUCAGAUCCUUAUGUGAAGCUGAAACUUAUUCCUGAUCCCAAGAAUGAAAGCAAACAGAAAACCAAAACCAUCCGCUCCACUCUAAACCCUCAGUGGAAUGAGUCCUUCACAUUCAAAUUAAAACCUUCAGACAAAGACCGACGGCUGUCUGUGGAAAUCUGGGACUGGGACCGAACGACGCGGAAUGACUUCAUGGGUUCCCUUUCCUUUGGGGUCUCAGAGCUGAUGAAGAUGCCAGCCAGCGGAUGGUACAAAUUGCUCAACCAAGAAGAGGGUGAAUACUACAAUGUGCCCAUCCCAGAAGGCGAUGAAGAAGGCAAUGUGGAACUCAGGCAGAAGUUUGAGAAAGCCAAGCUCGGCCCUGCUGGUAACAAAGUCAUCAGCCCUUCAGAAGACAGGAAGCAACCAUCCAACAACCUUGACAGAGUGAAACUCACAGACUUCAAUUUCCUCAUGGUGCUGGGCAAGGGCAGUUUCGGGAAGGUGAUGCUCGCGGACAGGAAGGGGACAGAGGAACUGUACGCCAUCAAAAUCCUGAAGAAGGACGUGGUGAUCCAGGACGAUGAUGUGGAGUGCACCAUGGUGGAAAAGCGGGUCCUGGCCCUGCUAGACAAGCCCCCGUUCCUGACACAGCUGCACUCCUGCUUCCAGACAGUGGACCGGCUAUACUUCGUCAUGGAAUAUGUCAACGGUGGAGACCUCAUGUACCACAUUCAGCAAGUAGGGAAAUUUAAGGAGCCCCAAGCAGUAUUCUACGCAGCGGAGAUCUCCAUCGGCCUGUUCUUUCUCCACAAAAGAGGAAUCAUUUACAGGGAUCUGAAGCUGGACAAUGUCAUGCUGGAUUCAGAAGGACAUAUCAAAAUCGCCGAUUUUGGCAUGUGCAAAGAACAUAUGAUGGAUGGAGUCACAACCAGGACCUUCUGUGGGACUCCCGAUUACAUUGCCCCAGAGAUAAUCGCUUACCAGCCAUAUGGAAAAUCCGUGGACUGGUGGGCAUACGGUGUGCUUCUGUAUGAGAUGCUGGCUGGGCAGCCCCCGUUUGAUGGUGAAGAUGAGGAUGAGCUGUUUCAGUCUAUAAUGGAACACAACGUGUCCUACCCCAAAUCCUUGUCCAAGGAAGCUGUCUCCAUCUGCAAAGGACUCAUGACCAAACACCCCGCCAAGCGGCUGGGCUGCGGGCCUGAAGGAGAACGGGACAUCAGAGAGCAUGCCUUCUUCAGGAGGAUCGACUGGGAAAAACUGGAGAACAGGGAGAUCCAGCCACCAUUCAAGCCCAAAGUGACUAUCUGUACCAAAAUGCACUGGCUUCAGUGGGCAUCCAGGCUUUCGUGCGGCAAAGGAGCAGAAAACUUUGACAAGUUCUUCACGCGAGGGCAGCCUGUCUUAACACCACCUGAUCAGCUGGUUAUUGCUAACAUAGACCAGUCUGAUUUUGAAGGGUUCUCGUAUGUCAACCCCCAGUUUGUGCACCCGAUCUUGCAAAGUGCAGUAUGAAAUCCACAAAUGAGAGACCAAAUGCCUCCCCAGCCCCCAGCCUCCCCAUGCAGUGGGAAAUGAUCCUUAACCCUAAAAUUUUAAGGCUAUGGCCUUGUAUUUUGUUCCACACAGAGGCCUGAAAAUCCUAAGGACAUUAGUUCUAAAGUGAUCAACUUUUCAGGGUCUCUCUCUCUCUCUCUCUCUCUAACCAAGAUAUUUCAACUAAGAUAAUGACAUACUGUACAGAGUCCAGCUUAAUUAUGUAGAAGCACAUCUGGCUCUAAGUUGAUUUUUUUUUUCCUAGAAAACAACGCAAUUUGUACCCCUCCCCCUUUUUGGUACGAUUUGAUAUAUUCUCCAUACCCUCCAUCUUUGGAUUUUUAUCAUCAGGAUCCCUCCACCAGAGAUAGUAAAGUGAACCUGCUCCAGCUUAAGGGUUGGAAACAUCUCCACCCAAGAUGUCUUUGGAAUGAAAGAACAGGAAGCUCAAAGAGUAAGCAAAGAGAGGUUGGGGGUAGUAGAAUCUUGAGGACCCCAUUGCUUCUAUUCUCUGCCUCAGUGGGAACAGUCCCUAGAAUCUGAGAGGGCUGGAUAAACCUAAUCAGUGUUCCCAAAUGUCAUAGCACAACCAUAGCACAGCAGUUUAAGAAUGAAAGAAAGCUUCAGACGAAAAUGCAUUGAAUCUAUCAUCUGUGUUGCCCUAGUUGAUAACUAUCUUGAUAAAGCAUUCUUUUAAAGAGGCCAAAUCAUCUAAGGACAUUGCUAAACAAGCAUGUGAAAUCAUUUCAGAUCAAGGAUAAACCAAGUGUAUGCUCAUUUUAAUCUCUGGGAAAUGAUUCUUCAAUCCAGGGUGCCAUCAGAAUCAUGCCACUAUUCACGAGUGUUGUCAGCCAACCCCCUACACACAUGAUAUUUUGCUACCUUUGUGGGUACCCUUCCUAAGAAGCUGGUGUGUAUGCCCCAUCCCUUUUUCUACUAUUUAUUUAAUAAGCUGCUGUGUCGUUUAUGAAAGUACAAUGUAUAGUAAUUUAAUUCGAGUAUUGACUAUCAUCAGUUCCUAUUGAUUGAUUUUCCUCCUUUCUCUAGCCCUAACAUCCACUUAGAGAUGAAAAACAUUUCCAGUUUCUAUUGAACGACACACCUGGAGCUGUAGGAUCAAGAUACUUUAUGCUUAUAACAACUCAAAAUGUUUUCUUGCUAGAAGGAUUUUUAAUAUGUUUUGCGAGUGCAUCAUGCAAUGGAUUUUGCAUGUUUAUAAUAAACCUUAAUAACAAGUUAA